CCGGCUGCUCCCCCGGGCGCGCAGGGGCCGCUGGCGGGGCCCGGGCCGGAGGAUGGCUCGCUCUCUGUAUGAGUGGCUGUGGCAGCACAAGUUCUGGCUGCCCCCAGGAAUCACCUGGGAGGACAUGCAAGAGUCUGAAGACACUCAUUACCCUCAGCCUCGUGAUCUCCUGCUCAGCAUCCCUUUUGCUUUAAUCUUGGUAGUCGUUCGGUGUGCCUUUGAAAGAGCCAUAGCCCUGCCCCUCAGUGCCAAAUUGGGUGUGAGAGACAAGCAGAGACCAAAAGCUCAGCCCAACCCCGUGCUGGAAACAUUCUAUAGCACACGCUGCAAGAACCCUAAAGAGGGUGAGCUGCUCGGUUUAGCCAAGCAAUGUGACCUGCCAGUGAGGAAGGUGGAGAAGUGGUUCCGGCACCGGAGGAACAUGGACCGGCCCAGCCUGCCCAAGAAGUUCAGCGAGGCCUGCUGGAGAUUUACAUUUUACAUCAUUUCUUUCUUCACUGGACUCGCUGUGCUGUAUGAUAAGCCUUGGCUUUGGGACCAUAGAGAGUGCUGGACAGGAUAUCCAAAACAGCCUCUCCAGCCCUCCCUGUUCUGGUACUACAUGCUGGAGCUCUCCUUCUACUGGUCACUGGUAUUCACCUUGCCCUUUGACGUGAAGAGGAAGGAUUUCAAGGAGCAGAUAGUCCAUCAUGCUGCAACCAUCUUCCUGAUCAGUUUUUCAUACUGUGCCAACUACAUCCGCAUUGGGACACUGGUGAUGGUGAUUCAUGAUGCUUCUGAUUGCUUCCUAGAGCCAACUAAGAUAUUCAAUUACAUGAAGUGGAAAAGAACUUGUGACAGCCUCUUUAUGAUCUUCUCUGCUGUCUUCCUGAUCAGCCGCCUGGUCAUUUACCCCUACACAGUGCUUUAUAACACCUACUAUUACUCCAUGGAGAUAUUCCAGCCCUUCUUUGGAUACUACUUUGUGAAUGUUCUCCUGAUGAUUCUGCAGCUGCUCCACGUCUUCUGGUCCUGCCUAAUUAUUCACAUGGUCUACAAGUUCAUCCUCCAGGGCACGAUGGACAAGGACAUGAGAAGUGACACAGAAGAAAGUGACAAGGAUGAAGAAAGAGAUAAAAUUAGAGAAAAGGAGAAAAAUGGGAUCACGUGUUUCAGCAACGUCACAAGCAAUGGUUACAUCCAGAGGAAUGGAUCUCAGCCCCUGGACAACAGAGCCCACCGUGCCAAUGGCCAUGCCAAGGAAAGAUAGCUGCUGUCCUGUGAUGCUGGCCUGGCCUCCAGCCACCCCAGGCCACCAUCUGUAGAAACAGUUUUGCUCACUGUGUAGAUAAACUGGAGUGCAAUUGCAGUAUUGUAGCUGAAUUCCUGCUUCCCAUAAACCAAAGUGUUUAUAGCCAAUGGAUAUUUGCAGGAAGUUUUUUGUCUUCCUUCAGUAAAAGCUUACUAUAGAUUGUAGCCUCAAAACAGAUAGCAAGGGAUCAAAGUGGUUUGACUUGUAUUAAGACUGCACCGUAAUUGUUGUCAAAUGUGUUAAUCUUGAAAAAUACUUUAAAAAUAAGAAGGUGGAUAAACUCUGGCAGUGUAAAGUUUUACCCACCUAAUGUUUGAUAGGAAUCUGUUUGGCCUGGAUCAGCCUCUGGAGGCCCUGGCCUAUUGCCAGUAAUUAUUAUGGCUGACGAGUGACAAAUCUUAUCACUGGGAUACCCCUUGAGAAAGCAGGUGCCCUGUAUGCACUCACAAAAUUAAAACUGAGUACAGUGAAAUGAAAGCUUUUGAAAGGCAUAAGAUAAAACAUGCUCUUCUCAGGGGAGGUAGUCUUUGUGCCAGUGACCAGUUCUGUAAUGUGUGGAUCUCAGUCCCUUCUUACUGCCCCUAAGCUCCAAAGCCCAGGCUGGAGGAGUACCCACACAAAUCACAUUGGAAGAGCUGGGAAGUCCAGACAGCUGUUUCUCAACACUUAGAAUUGGACUCAAUGAUCCUUGUGCGUCCCUUCCAACACAUAAAAUUCUGUAAUUCUGUGACAAUUGAAAGUUGGAAGCACAUGUUGUGUUUGCUGUGAUCUGAGCGUAUGGUCCCACCUCUCUGCAGGUGCUGUGCUCAGGAGGAAUAUUGAAAUGCUACAUCA